AUGGCACCCGCCGUGGCCAACGAGACGUCAGCACCGCGGGCCGCUGCCCAGUCCGAUCCCCGCUACCAGCACGGCAAAGACGAGGUCGAGGUCGCCCCCCGGCCGUCCGUGUCGUCUGUCUCGACGGCCGCCACCGUGGACCUCGACAACCUGCGCGAAGAGGCCCGCCGCAACAACCCCAACGGGACCACACGCCCGGACCCGGGCGUCUCUGUCGAGAAUGCCGUCAACGAGUUUGAACAUCUACAGCACGAGCUGUCAGGCCUCUCACGCGCAAGCCGCAUCCGAAGCCGCACUGAGAGCCGCGCCAGUCACAACCGUAUCCCGCUCGACACAGAAAAAGCCGUCGCAGGCAAGUCCGCGGAUGAUGCCCACGGCGACGACGACAACGGCGAUGAGAGCAGCGAGGACCGUUUCGACCUCGAGAGCUACCUGCGUGGCAGCUUGGCGGCAGAGCGCGCGGCGGGCAUCCGGCCGAAGCAUAUUGGUGUGUAUUGGGACCAGUUUUCGGUCCGCGGUAUGGGCGGCACCUCCAAUUACGUGCGCACGUUUCCCGACGCCAUUGUGGGCUUCUUCGAUGUUAUCAGCCCCCUGCUGCGCUGGAUGGGCCGCGGGCCCCGGGGCAAGCAGAGAACCAUCCUCGAAAACUUCCGCGGUGUCUGCAAGCCUGGCGAGAUGGUGCUCGUGCUCGGCAAGCCUGGCUCCGGAUGCACGACCUUUCUCAAGACCAUUGCAAACCAGCGCUACGGCUACACGGGCUUCGACGGCGAGGUCACCUACGGCCCCUUCUCCGCCAAGGAGUUUGAGGACUACCGCGGCGAGUGCGUCUACAACCAGGAGGACGACGUCCACCACGCCACGCUGACCGUCGAGCAGACGCUCGCCUUCGCGCUCGACACCAAAGUGGCCGGCAAGCUGCCGGAGGGCAUGACCAAGGCCAAGUUCAAGGCCCAGGUCGUCGACACCAUGCUCAAGAUGUUCAACAUUGAGCACACCCGGAACACAGUCGUUGGUGGCCCCUUUGUUCGUGGUAUCUCGGGUGGUGAGAAGAAGCGUGUCAGCAUUGCUGAAAUGCUCUGCACCAACGCCUGCGUCGUCUCUUUCGACAACAGCACUCGCGGUCUCGACGCGUCCACCGCACUCGACUUUGUCAAGUGUCUGCGCGCCUACUGCACUCUCUACCAGACCACCACGUUUGUGUCUCUCUACCAAGCGUCGGAGAACAUCUUCUCCCAGUUUGACAAGGUCCUUGUCAUCGACGGCGGUCGCCAGGCCUACUUCGGCCCUGCCCAGGAGGCCCGUGGCUACUUUGAGAGUCUCGGCUUCGAGUCCCGUCCGCGCCAGACUACGCCCGACUACCUGACCGGCUGCACCGACGAGUACGAACGCAUCUACGCACCAGGCUUCUCCGAGGAGAAUGCCCCGCAUGACCCACCAUCGCUCGCCGCGGCCUUUGACCGGUCGACGUUUGCCGCCCGCCUCGGCGACGAGAUGGCUGCCUACAAGGCCACCCUGCCUGAGGAGGAGGAGAAGUACCACGACUUCCGCCUUGCCGUGAAGGAGAGCAAGCAGUGGGGUGCCGGUGGCACCGUCUAUGCCAUCCCCUUCUACCGCCAGAUCUGGGCCCUGAUCAAGCGCCAGUUUGUCCUGAAGUGGCAGGACAAGGUCGCUCUUGCUCUCGCCUGGUUCCGUAGCAUCAUCAUCGCCAUCGUCCUCGCUACCCUCUACCUGCGCCUCCCAGUCACCACCGAAAGCGCCUUUGGCAAGGGCGGUCUCAUGUUCAUUUCGCUGCUGUUCAACGCUUUUGAAGCCUUCGCCGAGUUGUCCACGAUUAUGCUGGGACGCGGUGUUCUCAACAAACAUCGAGCCUACGCCUUCCAUCGACCAUCGGCACUCUGGCUUGCCCAGAUCAUUGUCGACCAGGCCUUUGCCGUCACGCGCAUCUUCGUCUUCUGUAUCAUUGUCUACUUUGCGAGCGACCUCUAUCGGAGCCCUGGCGCCUUCUUCACGUUCUUCCUCAUGAUUCUCUCCGGCAACAUUGCCAUGACGCUGUUCGUCCGCAUUGUGGGCUGCAUCAGUCCUGAUUUCGACUACGCAAACAAGAUGGCUGUCGUCAUAGUGACUCUCUUCAUCAUUACGUCCGGCUACCUGAUCCAGUACCAGUCGGAGAAGGUGUGGUUGCGAUGGAUCUACUACAUCAACAUAUUGGGUCUCGUGUUCAGCGCCAUGAUGGAAAACGAGUUCAGUCGCAUCACCAUGGUAUGCAGUCCCGAGACACUGAUUCCCUCCGGUCCAGGCUACGACGACAUCAACCACCAAGUCUGCACGCUUCCCGGUUCCGUCUACGGCACCAAUAUGGUGUCGGGUACCGCCUACAUUGAGCAAGGCUUCUCGUACUCGCCCAACGAUCUGUGGCGCAACUGGGGCAUCGUCUUCGCCAUCAUUGUCUUCUUUCUCUUCCUCAACGUCAUCUUGGGCGAGAUCGUCCGGUUUGGUAUGGGCGGCAACGCCGCUCUUGUGUACAGCCGCCCGAGCAAGGAGCGGACGCAGCUCAACAAGCAGCUCCUCGAGAAGCGAGACGAGCGCCGCCGCACCAAGAAAGAAGUGACUAGCUCCGAGCUCAGCAUCAACUCCAAGAGCAUUCUCACGUGGGAGGCUCUGAACUACGAUGUGCCCGUCGCAGGUGGCACGCGCCGCCUCCUCGACAAUGUCUACGGUUACGUGAAGCCCGGCUCGCUGACGGCGCUCAUGGGUGCCUCGGGCGCCGGCAAGACGACUCUACUCGAUGUCCUUGCCGCCCGCAAGAACAUUGGCGUCAUCUCCCCCUCGCGCAGUGUGCUCGUAGACGGCCAGAAGCCCGGCAAGCAAUUCCAGCGCAGUACCUCGUACGCCGAGCAGAUGGACGUCCACGACCCGUCCCAGACCGUCCGCGAGGCCUUCCGCUUCUCGGCGGACCUUCGCCAGCCCUACGAGACUCCGCGUGCGGAGAAGUACGCUUACGUCGAGGAAAUUAUUGGCCUUCUGGAGCUGGAAGAGCUGGCCGACUGUAUCAUCGGCCUUCCCGAGGCUGGCCUGACCGUCGAGCAGCGUAAGCGCGUCACCAUCGGUGUCGAGCUGGCGGCCAAGCCCGAAAUGCUUCUGUUCCUAGAUGAGCCCACCUCCGGUCUCGACUCCCAGUCCGCCUACAACAUUAUCCGCUUCCUCCGCAAGCUGGCCGCUGCCGGCCAGGCCAUUCUGUGCACGAUCCAUCAGCCCAACGCCGCCCUCUUUGACCAGUUUGACCGUCUCCUGCUCCUCCGCUCUGGUGGCCGCUGCAUCUACUUUGGCGACAUUGGCAAGGACGCCGACAUUCUCCGCGCCUAUUUCAAGCGCAACGGCGCCGUCGCCAAGGACACGGACAACGUUGCCGAGUUCAUGCUGGAGGCCAUCGGUGCUGGCAGUUCACCCCGUAUUGGCAACCGCGACUGGGCCGAACUGUGGGCCGAGAGCCCCGAGUUCGUCCAGGUCAAGUCAUCCAUUGAGGCGAUCAAGGCCGAGCGCAUCGAGGCCGUGAGACGCGAGGAGCUGGAGGCCAGCGGUGUUGUUGGCGGCGACGGCGACCUGACGCUUGAGCAGGUGAAGUCGGCUGCGACCGGCACUGGCAUCAGGGCGGUGGCGCCGCAGAAGGAGUACGCCUCGCCGUUCAUCCACCAGGUGAGGAUUGUCGUGCACCGCACCAGCGUCGCGCUCUUCCGCGAGGCCAACUACCAGUUCUCCCGCCUGUUCAACCACGUCGUCAUUGCUCUGCUCACCGGCCUCACGUACCUGAACCUGGACGACUCGCGUUCGUCUCUGCAGUACAAGGUCUUCGUUAUGUUCCAGGUCACGGUCCUGCCGGCGCUGAUCAUCUCGCCCGUCGAGGUCAUGUACCACAUCAAGCGCAGCAUCUUCUUCCGCGAGUCGUCGUCCAAGAUGUACAGCGGCCCCGUCUUCGCUCUGGGCAUGCUGGUGGCCGAGCUGCCGUACGCCAUUUUGUGCGCUGUGGCCUUCUUCCUGCCUCUGUACUACAUGCCCGGCCUUCAGACGGAGACGUCGCGUGCCGGUCUGCAGUUCUUCUUCGUCCUGAUCACGGAGCUCUUCAGCAUUACGCUGGGCCAGGCCCUCUCCGCGCUGACCCCGUCGACGUUCAUCUCGAGCCAGUUCGACCCGUUUAUUAUGAUUACGUUUGCGCUGUUCUGCGGUGUCACGAUCUCGUCGGCCAACAUGCCCGCGUUCUGGCGCUCGUGGCUGUACCAGCUGGACCCAUUCACGCGCCUGAUUGGCGGCAUGGUGGUCACGGCGCUGCACGACCUGCCGGUGGUGUGCAAGGAGGCCGAGCUCAACGUGUUCCAGCCGCCGUCCAACAUGACAUGCGAAGACUACAUGGAGCCCUUCUUCAGCCGUGGCGGCUCGGGCUACAUUGCCAACCCGACGUCCAUGUCCGACUGCGGUUACUGUGCGUACAAGGUGGGCGACCAGUUCUAUGAGCCGCUCAACCUGUCGUUUGACAACCGCUGGCGCGAUCUGGGCAUCUACCUUUCGUUCAUUGCCAGCAACGUGAUUAUCAUCUUCCUUGCUCGUCAAGCUCGUCUUGGUGACGCGCUCCACACUCGGGUCCACCAGCGCAAAGUCAAAGUAGUAGGCGACGGCGGCCAUGGUCUGCACGGCCACGGACUCGGCCAUCUUCUUGCCCAGGCACGUGCGCGGACCGCCGUGAAAGACGGGGAACUCGGACGCACUGCGCGCGACGAGGCGCUGCGGGCCGCCAGCAUCUGUGCCGGACGGCUGCAGCCACCGCUCGGGGCGAAACUCGUCGGCGUCGGCGCCCCAGGUGCGGUGGGCGCGGUUCAUGGCCCAGGAGCACCAGAUGACGAGGGCCCCGCGGUGGAGCUCGGUGCCGUCGGGGAGGACGAGACAUGCGGUCUCGACCUGCUUGAUCUCAAAGGGGAUGGGGGGGAAGAGGCGCAGGCCCUCGUAGAAGACGGCCAUGGUGUAGGGCAUGGCGGCGGGUGUGAGGCGGGCAAAGUCUCGGCUACUGUCGUCGACGCCGUUGUCGACACCGUUGUCGCUGUGGUUGGUGUUGCGGCUGUCGCUGCCGUCGUAGUCUGCAAAGAGCACGCCCCCGGCCUCAUGGCGAAUCUUGUCGACAACGUCGGGGUGCUUCAUGAGCAUAUAAAACGUCCAGGUCAGGCCCUGGGCGACCGUAUCACGUCCUAUGUGUUAACGUUAGCAGAGGUGCUCCAAAAAAGAGUGUGA